CACGUUGCGUGCGGUUUUGUUUGGCUCCGAACUCCGCAGCUGCGUGUCCUGAACUCCGAACGCACAUCGUUCGUGUGCUCGGAAAAUAUUCAAACAGGUUAAGCGGGCCGCAAAUCCGCAUCGCGUAAUGAAAAUCAAAGUACAUAAAUAUAAAAUUAAAUGUCGUAAAUAAAAGAAAUAAUAGCAUCAGGACAUAUAAAAUAUGCAUGUAUAUGUGGGUGUAAUGUAAGGACGCGACUCGCGCGGCGGCAAAGUGAAAUUUAAGAAACGUGCCACAUUAAAUAUUAAGGAACUCAAAAGGCCCAAGAAGAAAAGUAUAAGGAACCUAGCAUCGUUUGCAGGAGCCGACUUCAAGUAAAAAACAAAAUUUGAGGCAUGCCACAAUGCAUCAGUAAGCUCCAACCAUCAAUGUCAGCCAAGUGAAGCCUGAGGAAGUGACUCCCUCUGCCCCAAGAUGUACGGACUGCUGCUGGAGAACCUCUCCGAGUACAUCAAGUCCGUUUACGGCGAGGAGAAAUGGGAGGACAUCCGGCGACAGGCUGGCAUCGAUUCGCCCUCCUUCAGCGUCCAUCAGGUCUAUCCCGAGAAUCUGCUGCAGAAGCUGGCGAAAAAGGCUCAACAGGUUCUGGGCGUUUCUGAGCGGGAUUUCAUGGACCAGAUGGGCGUCUACUUCGUGGGCUUUGUGGGCCAGUAUGGCUACGAUCGUGUCCUUUCCGUCCUGGGCCGCCACAUGCGCGACUUUCUCAACGGACUGGACAACCUGCAUGAGUACCUGAAGUUCUCGUAUCCGCGGAUGAGAGCUCCCAGCUUUAUCUGCGAAAACGAAACGAAGCAGGGUCUGACCCUGCACUAUCGUUCCAAGCGUCGAGGAUUCGUCUACUACACGAUGGGUCAAAUCCGAGAGGUGGCACGGUAUUUCUAUCACAAGGAGAUGCAUAUUGAGCUCGUUCGGGAAGAGAUCCUCUUUGACACGGUCCAUGUGACCUUCCAACUGACCUUCGAUAAUCGGGCCUUCACACUUGCAUCCUUGGCCAUGACCCGGGAGGAGAAACAUCUGCCCAUCAGUGCUCAUGUGCUGUUUGAGAUAUUUCCCUUUUGCAUGGUUUUUGGUGCUGAUAUGGUUGUGCGUAGUAUUGGUAACUCUUUGAUGGUGAUUUUACCGGAACUUCUGGGAAAAAAAAUUACGGCCUGGUUCGAUCUAGUUCGUCCCUUAAUUGCAUUCAAGUUUCAGACUAUACUCAAUCGUACUAACAACAUUUUCGAGCUGGUCACUGUGGAUCCAGUUACGGAGAGAUUCGAUGUGCAAAACGAGGACUUACUGCAGCAUGAAGAUGGCAGCGAACCGGAAAAGUCUCUUAGAUUAAAAGGUCAAAUGGUUUACAUGGAGAACUGGCGCAUGAUUAUGUUUCUGGGUACUCCCGUAAUGCCGGAUCUGACCUCACUAAUAACCACAGGUCUAUAUAUCAACGAUCUGUCCAUGCACGACUUCAGCAGAGAUCUCAUGCUGGCGGGCACUCAACAAUCGGUUGAACUGAAGUUGGCACUGGAUCAAGAACAGCAGAAGUCAAAGAAGCUAGAGGAGUCCAUGAGAUUGUUGGAUGAGGAGAUGCGUAGAACGGAUGAGCUGCUGUAUCAGAUGAUACCCAAACAGGUGGCUGAUAGGCUCCGACGGGGCGAGAAUCCCAUUGAUACCUGUGAGAUGUUCGAUAGCGUUUCCAUCCUGUUCUCAGACAUCGUUACCUUCACCGAGAUUUGCAGCCGCAUUACUCCGAUGGAGGUAGUGUCCAUGCUGAACGCUAUGUACUCCAUUUUCGAUAAGCUGACGGAGCGGAAUUCAGUGUACAAGGUGGAAACUAUUGGUGAUGCGUAUAUGGUGGUGGCGGGUGCUCCGGAUAAGGAUGCCAAUCACGCCGAGCGAGUCUGUGAUAUGGCCCUGGAUAUGGUGGAUGCGAUAACCGAUCUAAAGGAUCCCUCAACGGGCCAGCACUUGAGGAUACGUGUGGGCGUCCACUCGGGCGCAGUGGUGGCGGGCAUCGUGGGCCUUAAGAUGCCGCGUUACUGUCUCUUUGGCGAUACGGUCAAUACCGCCUCACGAAUGGAGUCCACCAGCAUCGCCAUGAAGGUGCACAUAUCCGAGUCUACGAAGGUUCUUAUUGGACCCAACUACAAGAUCAUCGAGCGCGGUGAGAUCGAUGUAAAGGGCAAGGGCACCAUGGGCACAUACUGGCUGGAGGAACGAGAGAACCGGCUGCCUCUGCAACUAACCGCUGCUCUGCAAGUUCAUCCGCUCUCACCUGUCCCACCGACGCCCACACCCAAGACGAAGGCCAUCAUGCCUCCUGUAUCCAAGCCGUUGACUCCGAUGAUGCCCGUUUCAGUUUCCCUGGCAGCUUCCAUGCCCACCAGCAACGUUCCUGCUGUGGAUGUGAUGGCUUCAUCAUCCAGCAUUUCCGGUUUGGCACUAACAGCCGCUGCAGCGGCCCACAUGUCGCUACAUCACCAGGCGGUGGUGGCGGAGGCAUUAACUGGAGCUUCAGUUGAAGUGGCACUACCAUCAGUAGCUUCUGGCGCAACAGGAGCGGCAGCGGGUGGAGGUGCACCGUCGGAUGACCGCAACAGUCGCAUCUACUCCCCCGUGACCUUCAAGGAUGUGGCUCGACGAAGCGUAGCCAAUUCUCCGGUAAGGAGCUGUGCUCAACCGGAUCAGGAGAGACGUCGCGAGUCCCGCUCCAAUUCCACGGGCCACGUGUUUAUGCGAACUCCUUCGGAAAUUUUCGGCUCUCUCAUCCUGGACACCGAGGAGUUUCUCGAGGAUCUGCAAAUCUCACGUUCCUCCCUGGCAAACAAUAACAACAAUCAGAGCCCCUGCGGUUUUAGCCCAACUCCUCCAUUCCGGAUUGGCAGCGCACCGCCCAAGCCGAGACCUAGUAAUCCGGAUAAAUUUACACCGGAGGAACUGGCCGCCAUGGAUCAACUGACGCCUCCGUCAACGGCACCAGCCAGAGAAACGGCCAGCUGCAGCAGUGCAUCAUUGGAUCGCGACAAGGCGACCAAGCUGAAAAAAAUCACUUUCUCCAACAGCAGCAGUCUGGAUGCAACCACUCCAACUGCGUUGGCUGCUGUGGUAUGUCCAAUGAGAACCAAGUCACCGCCAAUGGCAGUGGCUCCAGUGAUGCACAUGGUACAGGCUAGCACCAGCAAAGGCGACGGCCAACGACCAGGCUCGAAGGAUUCAGUAUCAUCCAUUUCCCUGCACUCACCUCCUCCGCAUCGAUCUAACUCGGCACCAGCCAGACCGCACUCAAUGUCGAAGGCGGCGCGAAAGGCCUUCCUGGCCGCCAAACAGACCAAGGCAAUGGAAAAGCUGGACAAGAUGAUCGAAGAGGUUCAAGAAGUGGAGUCUCAGUCGGUGGCAAAGGCGGCCAACAUGCGUCUGGCCCUUUACGGCCACGAUGGAGGUGGUGAUUUGGCUGCCGGUGGGUGUCCACUGUUUCUGCCUCCGCCGCCGCAGCAGCAGCAGCAGCAGCAACAGAGCCUGAUGCCCAGCUCCAUCUCAGACUCCGGCCUCUGCAGUCAUGGUCAUAGUCAUGCACCCAGCUGUCAUCAUAUGGAUCCGAAGAUGACCAACAGCCAGAGUUUCCAGCAUUCUCCACGUGGCGGAAUAACCCAUCAGUGCUGCAGCGGCUUUGGACAUGGCAAUGGACGUCAUUCGCACCGGAUGCACUCGAAUGCUUGCCGGAUUCUGUAGAGGAGGGGGCAGCACGAGCACACCCUUCAUCAAUUCCAUAUCAUGUAUACUGACUCGGAUUUCGCUCAAUAUUCCCGCGUGCUUUUCGAUAUAGUACUAAUAACUAGUCAGCAAUUAUUAGGAUUUAGAUAGAUGUUGAAUCUCAUAGUGUAUAGAAUAGCUUAGAUAAAGAAUGUACCUACGUGUUACGUGUACCCAGACUAUAGCUAGUCGAACAGGGCUUUAAAAUUUGGCAAUUCAGUGUCUAAGUAUGCGAAAAAUCUGUAAAAACUGUUAGCACCCUUGAUGCCUAUGUGUAUUAACCAAAAGAUGUUAAAUUUCUUGACCUCUAAAUAUGACAAUACCAACCGGAAAUCAAACUACAAAUGGAAAGGCAUUUUCCGUACAUUUUCAUGAAACCACCUGAGGCAGAAAUUGCUCACACAAUAAACUAAACUAACUAUAAAUGUACUAUAAAAAGUCUCUAUAUAUUUGUAGUAGUUGAAUGGUUAAGUAGAUUUUAUGUGUAGAAUGAAUAUUUUUCAAAGAAAAUCGGAGCUAUUUUCUUAAAGUUUUAAAUAAAGUUCCAACUAUUUAAUUGAUUUCAAUACUGUGUAAUAACCAACUGAGUGUAUACAUGAAAAAUAUAUUUCACUAAAUAGCUGCGCAAUAUAGCAAUGUUGAAGUGUUAUAACUAAAUCAUUUUGUUAGUAUAUUCCAAAGACACUAAAUGGCUUUUAUAUUCGCUCAUUCUUUAUUAAGAGAUCUUAGGUUGACAUUUGUAAAACUAUAAAUCACAAAGAUUUAUACAUUUUGGUAUUUAUUUCAAAAUAAAUGCAUUCACUUUGUUUUCUAUUUUAACUAAUGGCGAAAAAUAAUAUAAAAGCAUGGCAAAUAAAACUGGCAAAAUUUAAAUAUUGUGCUACUUAAUAUAUUUCUGAGUUAUUAUCCGUUUAAUAGCUCAUUAUUUAAACUUCUUUUCAUUGCACUUUCGGCAUAUCACAUCUGAACUUAUAAUGGCAAGCAUAAAACUCAAACAAAAAUUGUACGAAACGAUACAAGUUAAUGUACCCAAAUAUAUGUAUAUAUAUACACUU